GCAGGGACAAUUGUGACCAGACUUCUUGCAUGUCCACUGACUUGUUUAGGUUAUCAAUUUAGGUUGAUAGAAAACCUAAAGACUCCAUUUUGGCCUCCCUUGGACUGUUUAACUGCAGGUUUUGACUUUAUAGCAUUUUACGUAGAGGACAUCUUCAAACAGAAGAUUGUUGAACAAGCUUUCUGUCGGCAGAACACCUGCAUUGUUUACUAAUUUGUGUGUUGUGUGUUUUGUUUAUCCAAUCACUGAUGACAACUUUAAUAAGCGAGAAUAAAAGUACAGGAGAACAAGCAGUCCCAACAUGAGAUGCAAAUGCAAUGGAUAAAUAAUAUUCCAGUAUAUUUUACAGUAAUUACAGGAGAAAUCUUUAAAAGAAGGCUAAAACCGGAAGCAGGUGCAUGGGGGACCCUAGAGCGGGACGGACAGCAGACGAGGGACCGGAAGUGGCGUGUUUCUUGGGACGCGGGAAGGGGGGAGGCUGAGGCAAGGAGGGAGGGGGCCUUGAGGAGGCGAGUGGCACCGGCUGGGCUUUCCUUUCGCCUAGAGAGGCAAGAGCAGCGGUGGUGGGCCACCAUGAAGGUGAAGCUGAAGAAUGUUUUUGUCAUCUAUUUCCUGGUGUCCGUGACAGGCCUGAUGUACGCCCUGCUGCAACUGGGGCAGCCCUGUGACUGUACCCAGCACUUGAAAUCAGCAAGUGACCUCAUCCGUGCCAAGGAGAAGAAGCUCUCCCAACUGCAGAAUGAGCUGAAGCGGCUGCAGGGGCAAGAGAAAGUGCCAGAACUGGGAGAACAAGCCCUGCCGAUGAUUUAUGUUGUCACGCCCACUUAUGCUAGGCUGGUACAGAAAGCCGAGCUGGUUCGCCUCUCUCAGACCCUCAUGCAUGUGAAGAAUCUGCACUGGAUUGUCGUUGAAGAUUCGCCCCUGAAGACCCAACUGGUCUCGGAGCUCCUGGCCCAGAGCCACCUGCGUUUCACGCACCUUCACGUGGAGACGCCCAAGGAGCACAAGCGGAAGGAGACUGACCCCAACUGGCUGAAGCCCCGGGGGGUAGAACAGCGAAACCUGGCCCUGCAGUGGCUGCGGGAGAACCGCCAGCUCAGCGAUCAGGGGAUGGUGUACUUCGCCGACGACGACAACACCUACAGCCUGCAGCUGUUCGAUGAAAUCCGCUCUACCAAGCGCGUCUCGGUGUGGCCGGUCGGCCUGGUGGGGGGCCUCCGCUUUGAGCGCCCCCUCGUGGAGAACGGCAAAGUCGUAGGUUUCUACACGGCCUGGAAGCCGAACCGACCCUUCCCGGUCGACAUGGCGGGCUUUGCUGUGGCCCUCCAGCUGCUGCUGGCGAACAGGGAGGCCCGCUUUGACUUGCUAGCCGAACGUGGCUACCUGGAGAGCAGCCUGCUGCAGUCGCUGGUGUCUCUCGAGGAACUGGAGCCCAAAGCCAACAACUGCACCAAGGUGCUCGUCUGGCACACCCGGACCGAGAAGCCCAAGAUGAAACAAGAGGAGCUGCUGCAGAAGCAGGGCCUGGGUUCCGAUCCCAACAUUGAGGUGUGAUCUGGAGGUGGGGGGGGCUGUUCUGCGGUUUCAGUGGGAGGCGGCCUCUGCACGGGGCCCGAGGAGCGCUGGAGAGACCCAGCCAUUUGAAUCAGACACUGGAGCUUUUUCCUCGUCCCUUUUCAUCCGAGGACAUGAUGCGUUGCAACGUCUUAUUUAUUUAUUAAAGACCACGUGCCUCUCCGUUGCAAUGCAAGAGACACGCUGUGCUUUGGAGGAGAAAGGAUUUCCUGUAUGCGCUGCUGUCUCCUCUCUGGGGAAGUGUCUCUACGUCAGUGUCGCUCUU